UCGGUCCUAGUCAGAAUCGGUCCGUCAGCGAGAGCUGGGCCGACUGUUGGAGGGCGCUGUGAGGCGCGGGGCUCCGCGAUGUUCCGCGGGCCCUAACAUGGGCACCAGCGGCUCCAAAGGCCGGGGGCUGUGGCCCUUCUCGGCGCCAGCGGCGGCCACGGGGCCGGGAGGCAGCCCCGAGCUCACCGACGCGGCCCGAGCCCAGCACGCCUUGGCUCGGGCUCGGGGCUUCCGUACCGCGCCGCCCUUCGUGUUCACCCGUCGAGGUUCCAUGUAUUAUGAUGAAGAUGGUGACCUGGCCCACGAGUUCUAUGAGGAAACAAUUGUCACCAAGAAUGGGCGGAAGCGUGCCAAGCUGAGGAGGGUGCAGAAGAACCUGAUCCCUCAGGGUAUCGUGAGGCUAGAUCACCCUCGCCUCCACGUGGAUUUCCCGGUGAUCAUCUGUGAGAUGUGAGCCCUGCAGCCCCUUCCUGCUCACAUCCCAAGUCUGUGGGGUGGUGGGUAUGGACAUCGGGGUAGGAGGAGGGGCAGCAGGGCCAGAAAGAGGCCUUGGCUGUGAAAAACUCCCCACUUCCUUGGCAGGGCACACCAAGCUGCUGAACCCACAAGUUCAAAGUGUGGGUUCUGAUGAGAGGUGCCUGGGUUAACGCAGCAGCCCCAGAAUGAAUUCCACCUGACAGGGCCCUUUUGUGGGCCAUAUUUUUUCAUCUGCAAGCCAAGGGGUGGGAAUGCUGGGUGCCCAGUUCUGUUUCUUCCACAGUACUGGGUGAUGUCAGUUUGAGGGAAGUUUGGGAUAAAGGAUGGUUGGCUUGGUUCACUUCAGUAGGUAUUUUCUCCAAGAUCUGAGUGCCUGGGUAAAGGAAGGGGGUAGGUUACUCAGUUUCUCUUCCUAACCCCCAAAGCCCAUCCCACCCUCCAAAAUCCAGAGGAGUGUCAGAAAAUAAAAGCUGGGUGAAAGCUCAGGCCAGGAAUUUCAGGGUACAAUUUCCUUCCUUCUGACCUCAAUCACCUAACAUCCUUCCCCUCCAGUUUCCUUGUAGCAUGCACCUCUCCCACUGCCCAGCUUGGGAGAAGGAGCAGGAGAGGCCUGGGGCUUGAUCACUGUCAGGGAGACAAGGGGACACAGCACUUUAUGAGCAGGGUCUCCUCUUUUCCUGGUCCUUCCCCUUGUGUCCCCAGGGGCUGUGGGGCUGACCACAGGGAGCUUUGCUAUGCACAAGCAGGACCCUCCUUUCUCCUUCCCCUCACAUUUCUGAGCAUUUCAGCCGUUUGCUACCUCGAUUCCUUCCACCCCCGAGGGAGGCUGGUCUCAACGAAUCUCACAACCCCCCUGAUCCCCUGCUCUGCUCCCAGCUCUCAGUUAGUUCAGCCUGCUAGAACUGAAGGGGAUUGGAAGACCCUCUGUCUAGGGUGAGUGUCACUUCCUACACUGUGAUCCUCUCCCUCCCCCCCAACACUUGGUUCCUGAGGGUCUGGUUGGAAAAGGGCAGCAGAUACACUUGGAAACCCUAAAAUUGGUAGAAAAGCAUAACCCCCAAGGAUAUGGGGGAGAGCCCUGCUGGGCUGCUAGAGAAGCCUUUUUGGUUCUCACACCAACCCCUAGGAGAAAGGGGGGACUUUCCACCACACUACACUUGAUAUGCCCUUCAGGCAUGUGCCCAUCAGCUCUGGAGAGCACAAUUACAACCCCCAUUACAUACAUACAUAAACACACACACACAGACCGUUAAAAUAAGCAAUUCUGCCCACCUGGCAAACUUACCCAUAUCUUUAGUGCCCUGGCCCCUCUCACCUGGUACUGUGCUGGUCCAAUCUCUUCCCCCAGGCUGCUCACCAUCUGCUAGUGGGCAUGGGUGGGAUAGGGAGACCACAGAAGGGAGACUUACAAUGUGAAGGUUUGUAAAUAGUCUUAUCUAUGUCCAUGAUAUUGUUGAAGCAGAAAUUCAGUCUGUUUACUUUUUAGGGUUACUUUUUAAAAUUCCUUUCUGUGCAAAAUGUGCUUUUUUGUGUGAAUGUGAAGAGAGACAGUCUGGGGCAGAGGUGAUAACAGUGGGAGAAGGGCUGGUUGCUCUUUCUCCCAGCCCAGGCUGGUGUGCCCUUUUGUUCAGUUUAAAUAAAUUUAUUUGUAGAUGA